UAUAAUUAUUUCAAAAUGGUUCUCGGCAUAUCCUGCAGUAGUAUCGUCGUGGCAUUAUUAUUACUGCUUAUGAUACUUUAUGCAGUCAGUCAAACAGUUAGAUACCGAUUGAAAUUUGUUAUUUAUAUCAUCCUGGUUGCCAUAUCCGCAACUGCCUUUAUCCCGCUGAUGGUCUUCAGACCCCGAGAUUGGAGGAAUGCAUCAAUACCGGCAUUCCUGUGCAAUCAAGUCGGUAAACUGUUGGGAGUCAACAUAAUAUCCCGUGGUCAUGAAAAUAUCGUCGACGACACUGGCUCUGUGGUAUUGAUAAAUCAUCAAAGUGGAUUAGACUUACUGGUUUUGUCGACUCUCUGGUUGAUAAUGGACAGAUGCACUGUGGUAUCUAAGAAGGAAAUACUUUAUCUGGGACCCUUUGGAUUAGCCUCGUGGCUCUGGGGUACUAUAUUUAUAGACAGAUUGAACGCCGAGAAAGCUCAAAAUACCAUUAACUCAACAGCUGAAAUUAUAAAAAAGAAAAAAGCUAAACUCUGCCUAUUUCCUGAAGGCAAAAGGCACGCCGGUACAACGCUGCUGCCCUUCAAAAAAGGUGCUUUCCAUGUGGCUGUCGCUUCCCAGAUACCAAUUCAACCUGUCGUCGUCUCGAGAUACUACUUCUUGAACGACAAACUCAAGAAAUUUGACUCGGGGACUGUCUACGUUACAAUCCUUCCGGCUAUUCCCACUGCUGGUUUGACUAAAGAGGAUAUUCCUACACUCAUAGAGAAGGUUCACAGUGUAAUGAACAAAACGUUCCAAGAGUCCUCGCAGGAGGUUCUCGUAAAUCAUGCCAAAGCAGUGAAGUCUGAGUAAGAGUUGCAAGAAAGUCAAAGCAGAAAUGAUGCUGACAGUGUUUAGAUAGUCAUUCCAUUUCAAGGAACACAGUCCUACGAUAAGGCUUACGAGCAUUCGUAAUAGCUAAACUGAUAUAAUUCUAUCUACAUUUGACGAAACUUCGAGGCGAUUGUUAGUAUUAGAGGUUUGAGUGAUGCCAACGGGUUUCAGUCACGCACAGUAAUCCUACGAAAAAGACAGUAGGGCGAGAGAGCCUUGCACGAUUACAUACUAAUAUUAAGAAUUCGGGCAGCCGCGGAAAAAGUGCGUGGUAAAGGAACCGCGAUGUCCUGAACUUUUUUUUUUCUUCGUUAUUGUCUUCAUAUCAAAUAUCACACAUUAUUUAUUAGUUCUAUACUUAAAUAAAAAGACGAUAUUUUAUUA